ACAAAACUAAAUUAAGUUGUCCUUUUUUAUUAGAUUGUGGAAAAACUCAUAAUAUUAUGAGAAGAAAAAUUUGCAAAGAUUAUUUAAGAACAAAUAAAAAAAGAAUAAAAGAGCAAAUACCAAAAAUUCAUACUAAUAUGCUUUUAUACAUUUUAUACAUUUAUAUCACAAACCUGAGAUGCAGUUUUCGGUUGAAAUAUAUAAGUACAUGUCUAUAUAUAAGUACUAAUCUACUUGUGUAAAAGUAAACUAGUUGCAUGCAGAAUGCAGUAAUGGAAAAAAGAUUGUGAUAAAACUGCAACAACAGAUUCCACAUGUAUUAUCAAUGACAUUAAAUUAUGACAAUUAAAUUAAAUAUAAUAAUUCCAGAUUCUGCAUGUAUUCCAGAUUAUAAUUCCAGAUUCAACAUGUAUUAUUAAUCACAGUAAAUUAAAUAAUGUCAUGGAUUGAAUUGAAAAUGUGCUCAAUUAAACUACAUUACAUAGAACUAUUAAUUUUACUCACAUUUCUUAUCAAAUGACUGACUUUAAGUAAUGACUGUAAGUAAUGAAUAGCAACCAGUUCAUCAAGUAUCUCCACUAUAAAGUAAAGUUAUUGUACAGUGUAAAAACACAUCCAUAUGCAUGGUGUGCCUGAGGUGUGACAUUCCUCGGGGUCAAAAAGAGCAGCAGCUUUAAAACAUGUCUUAUGACACUGGCGCCUACCAGCGGGGCUAAUCAGUGACAUGUUGCUCUCAUGUGAUGCCUAACUGGCCGCUAACUGGAUUUUGAAAACCCAGGAUGACAAUUCAGUGCAUUUAGAGUAAAAAAAAAAAAAACAGUUCACAGUUCAUGCUAAUUUGUCCACCACGAGCUCGGAUCUCGUGGGUGUGACACUCAUGUACCCCACACCUCUUCCCUCAAGUACGAGCCUGGUAAAAGGCGGCUUUUCAUUCGUGCCCUGGUGGGAUCCACCAUGGGUCUGAAAUAUUCCUUAAACAGUAAAGGAUUCCACACGGGUUUCCUUCCCGUCACGCCACAUCAAACUCCAACCACGCUCCCAUUGAGCACCCAAGCAAUUAGUGGCUUUUAUCUUCAACCCUGGUGACAUCACAUUCCACACACUCUAAAAAAUAAUUCAGAGUAUCUUUUGACACCACUUGAUUUAAUACAUAAAUGCAAUGUAAAAAAUGUAAUUCAUUGAUUUAGAUAAACUUUCUAAGUUGCUAACUUUAUUUUUUAAGUUAUGUUCAAAUAAUAAUGUUGGCUAUUACAUGAACUUAAUUUAGCAUGUCAUAUACACUCAAAUUUUAUUGUUGGUAAGCUUAAAACAAAAUUCAAGUUGCCAUGACUUAAUAAAAUUAGCUUGGUAACAUAAUUUUUCUCAACAUUAACCUUUCCAUUUUAAGUUCCAUCUCCUACAAGGAGCAGGAGACUGAAGCAACAUUUCAUGGACAACCAAGAGUUCGAGACCAGCCUUGAAAGUCACAUGAUGAAAAUCGCCAUUGUUGGAGACAGGUCUACCUCUGGAUCAGAACACUGGGGAACAGCAAUUGUUGUGGAAGGAACCAAAUGUUUGGCCCAGCGAGUUUGGAUUGAGAGGACUUUUGUGAAGAGAGAAUGUAUUCAUAUCUUUCCUACCAAGGACACCCUCAGAUGUGCAUGCGGUCAGCUGACAACGCAACACGUGGCUAUUCCACCCGGCGCCAACUCUCUGGAGGAAGCUCACCAGCUAGUGCAUAUCGACACACCGAAGGAUAAAUGGAGCGUGAUCAAGCACACCAGAACGUACCCGACGGACGCCUUCGGUGUGAUCGAGUUCCAGGGCGGAGGGUUCAUCAACAAGGCCAUGUACAUCCGAGCCUCAUUUGACACUAAACCCGACAACCUACUGCAUCUGAUGGUGAAGGACUGGCAGCUGGAACUUCCCACACUACUCAUCUCAGUGCAUGGGGGCCUGCAGAACUUCGACCUGCAGCCCAAACUCAAGCAGGUUUUCGGGAAAGGUCUGAUUAAAGCCGCCGUCACCACCGGGGCGUGGAUCUUCACUGGUGGGGUCAACACUGGUGUGAUUCGUCAUGUGGGAGACGCCUUAAAGGACCAUUCCUCCAAGUCACGCGGAAAAGUGUGUGCAAUCGGAAUAGCCCCAUGGGGAAUCCUGGAGAAUAAAGAGGACCUCAUUGGGAAAGACGUGACCAGACCCUACCAGACGAUGGCCAACCCUCUGAGCAAGCUGGCCGUGCUCAACAGCAGCCACUCGCACUUCAUCCUAACCGACAACGGCACGUGCGGAAAGUACGGCUCUGAGGUCAAACUGCGCCGCCUGCUGGAGAAGCACAUCUCGCUGCAGAAGAUCAACACCCGUUUGGGCCAGGGCGUACCGCUGGUGUGUCUGAUCGUCGAAGGAGGUCCUAACGUUAUCUCCAUCGCCCUGGAGAGUCUGAGAGACGAGCCUCCCAUCCCAGUGGUGGUGUGUGAUGGCAGCGGCCGCGCCUCUGACAUCAUUUCCUUUGCACACAAGUUCUCAGAGGAUGGAGGGCUUGUCAACGACGACGUGCGUGACCAACUACUAGUGACCAUUCAGAAGACUUUCAACUACAGCAAAAGCCAAUCUCAGCAAAUCCUUCUAAUGGUGAUGGAGUGCAUGAAGAAGAGGGAACUGAUCACAGUUUUUCGAAUGGGUUCAGAAGGGCAACAAGAUAUUGAAAUGGCCAUUCUUACUGCAUUGUUAAAAGGCACCAACGCUUCAGCAGCCGACCAGCUCAGUUUGGCACUAGCAUGGAACAGAGUGGACAUUGCUCGCAACCACAUAUUUGUCUAUGGACACAAUUUACCUCCAGCGGGCGCCAUCGCCAACACUGCAACCACAAUGGCGUCAACCCAAGAGAAGCAGAAGAGUCCCGCCAGUGCCCCUCGCAACAAAACCAGAGGAAAGAAGGGGAAGGGUAAAGGAAAGACUAAGCCUGAAAUUCCAGAGGAAACAGAUCCAAGGAAGCUGGAGCUGAUUCGUUGGGUGAAUUCCCUGGAACAGGGCAUGAUGGAUGCUCUGGUGCUGGACAGAGUGGACUUUGUCAAGUUGCUUUUGGAGAAUGGUGUCAAUAUUCACCACUUUCUUACCAUUCCAAGACUGGAGGAGUUAUACAAUACGAAACUUGGCCCUGCUAAUACUCUGCAUGCUGUAGUUAGAGAUGUCAAAAAGGGAAACCUUCCCCCAGAUUACCAGAUCACUUUGAUUGACAUUGGCCUGGUGCUGGAGUACCUCAUGGGCGGAGCUUACAGGAGCAAUUACACCAGGAAGGCUUUUCGCAACCUCUACAAUAAUUUGUAUGGACUAAAAAGGCCCAAAGCUUUAAAGCUCCUCGGGAUGGAGGAUGAUGAACCUCGAUCCAAAGGCAAGAAAAAGCCUAAGAAGAAAAAGGAAGAAGAGGUGGAAAUUGACGUGGAUGAUCCAGAGGUGUGUCGCUUCAAGUAUCCCUUCCAUGAGCUGAUGCUGUGGGCGGUCCUGAUGAAACGGCAGAAGAUGGCGCUCUUCCUCUGGCAGCGUGGAGAGGAGGCCAUGGCUAAAGCUUUGGUGGCUUGCAAGUUGUUCAAAGCCAUGGCUCAUGAGUGCUCUGAGAGUGAGCUAGUGGAUGACAUCUCUCAAGACUUGGAGAACAACUCAAAAGAGUUUGGCCAGCUAGCCUACGAGCUGCUGGACCAGUCGUACAAGCACGAUGAGCAGGUAGCCAUGAAGCUGUUAACCUACGAGCUGGUCAACUGGAGUAACUCCACCUGCCUGAAGCUGGCCGUGGCUGCCAAGCAGCGAGACUUCAUCGCCCACACGUGCAGCCAGAUGUUGCUCACCGACAUGUGGAUGGGCUGCUUGAGGAUCGGCAAGAACCCAGGCCUCAAGGUCAUUUUGGGAAUUAUCUUCCCUCCGCUGAUUCUGCUGCUGGAUUUCCGUAUUGGAGAUGAUGUAUCCUACGUUGCACCUGGAGGCAAAGAAGAGGGAAAAGACAAAGAUGACGACACCAAAUCCAGCAAGGAACCAAAUGAUGCAACCUCCCGCAAAGGGGAUGAAGAGGAAGGCAGCACUAAUGUCCGCAAAAUCCCCAUUGGCAAAAGAUUCUUUGAGUUUUAUGAUGCACCCUUCACCAAAUUCUGGUUCAACACUAUUUCCUACCUGGGCUACCUCAUGUUAUACAACUACAUCAUCCUGGUCAAGAUGGAGCGAUGGCCGUCCAUACAAGAGUGGACCGUCAUCGCUUACAUUCUUACCCUCGGAACUGAAAAAGUCAGACAGAUCUUGAUGUCCGAGCCUGGCAAGCUGAAGCAGAAGAUCAGCGUGUGGCUGGAGGAGUACUGGAACAUCACAGACCUGGUGGCUAUUUCCACCUUCCUCCUGGGCCUCAUGCUGAGGCUGCAGCGUGAGCCCUACAUGGGCUACGGCAGGGUCAUUUACUGCAUUGACAUCAUCUUCUGGUACAUCCGCGUACUGGACAUCUUUGGAGUCAAUAAAUACCUGGGGCCCUAUGUGAUGAUGAUAGGAAAGAUGAUGAUCGACAUGAUGUACUUUGUAGUCAUCAUGCUGGUGGUGCUAAUGAGCUUCGGAGUGGCCCGCCAAGCCAUACUUCACCCUGACGAGGAACCAACGUGGCGUCUGGCUAGAAACAUUUUCUAUAUGCCCUACUGGAUGAUCUAUGGAGAGGUUUUUGCGGACUCGAUAGACCUAUAUGCAAUGGAAAUCAACCCUCCAUGUGGUGAACAUUUAUACGACGAAGAUGGAAAGAAGCUGCCUCCAUGCAUCCCUGGCGCCUGGCUCACCCCUGCUAUCAUGGCCUGUUACCUUCUGGUGGCCAACAUUCUUCUGGUCAACCUGCUCAUUGCCGUCUUCAACAACACCUUCUUCGAGGUCAAGUCCAUCUCCAACCAGGUGUGGAAGUUUCAGAGAUAUCAGCUGAUCAUGACCUUCCACGACCGCCCCAUCCUGCCGCCGCCGCUCAUCAUCUUCAGCCACCUGUACAUCCUCUUCAGCAGGCUCUUUCGACGCUGCGCUAAGAAGAAGCAGGAUGGAGAACUGGAUGAGAAAGACCGUGGCCUCAAACUCCGACUCAAUCCAGAGGAGCUAAAGAACCUUUACGAGUUUGAAGAACAGUGUGUGGAGGAAUAUUUCCGAGAAAAGGAGGAUGAGCAGCAGUCCUCAAGUGAUGAACGCAUCAAGGUUACCUCAGAAAGAGUGGAGAACAUGUCCAUGCGUCUGGAGGAGGUCAACGAGAGGGAGAACACCAUGAAGGCCUCACUGCAAACGGUGGACCUCCGCCUGGCCCAGCUGGAGGAGAUCCACGGUCGAAUGGCGGUGGCCUUAGAAAAGCUGGCGGGGGUGGACCGUCUAGAGCUGACCAGGACUUAUUCCCGCAACUCUUCAGUGUGUGAUCCUUCCUCUCUGGUUCGCCAGGGUAGCAUAAACAGCGCCGACGGUUACAGUCUGUACCGCUUCCACAUGGACAUGGAGGAGUUUUCAUCCAAGCAAAAGGACACAGAGGAGCCAGUGAAAAGUGUCCUGGAACGACAGAAGAGUCUGCUUCAAGCUUCCAGUACGUGCACUCUUAACGCCAAAGAGAGCGCUCAGACCUUAGAAGUCGGCAGCCUGAGUAGAACAAGACCUAGCUCUUGCGUGGACAUCCUUAUAUCUCCAUGUGAACCCAAGCAGGUGUCUGCAGGGUCCAGCCAAGACACCUUAACCAACAAGGACGGCCAAGGAAGCACGUUGAUGCUGGAUAGAAUCGCAGACAAGAACAGAUUGAAACCAUCCUCCCCUCCAAAAAGGACUAAAUCACUGAGGCACUAUCCAGCUGAAGACCUCUCAACCUCUCCUUUGACAAAGAAGAGGAGCAUGAGCACCAUCGUCAUCAGCCCCCCCGAUGAACCAGAGGAGCCACCUGAAGCCAGCAAAAAACUCCCCUUUGAGACAUUUACUUCUCCUAAAAGGACUAAAUCGUUACGAUACGUCCCCGUCCAGACAUCCCCUCUUACAAAGAAAAGGGCCAUGAGCAGCAUUGUCUACAUUCCAGUUGAGGCAGAUGAUGAUGUUCUCCAUGCUCAAGACUACACAUCGCUUGUGGAGCAGGCCAACAAAACACCCAACCAGUGGCCUGCAAACUUGGAGUAUAAAGUCCAUCCCAGUGUGGUCGGUCACAUUCCUAAAGUGUCCACGGUGCGGACCGCCAUCCAACAGUUCCAGAGUUCCACUGAUGGUGCAGAGAUCACAACAAACGAGGAAAAAGAAGGAACUCCAUCCAGAGUUGAGCUCACAGAUGAAGACCAGAUUAAGAUGAAGGUGAAGAGAAACAUGUCAGACGGCGCUCAGUAUCUGACGGUCGCUGAGGACAUGUACAUGCCAUCGCACAGGUCGCAGAGUUGGAACGCAGCAGAUAGGAAAGCAAGAAGCUCAGUGGUGAGCAAGAGAGCAUCCAGCAGUGAGAGAAACCUUGUGGAUGCGGGCAAGAUACAAGCGGACAAGAUGGAGGAUGGCACACGGGAUAAGAAGUGACAUUCACAAUGUAUCCCCAAGGACAUUAUCUGGAUUUUCAUAGGUCACGGUUCACACUCAUCUCAAGCACCUAUUAUUUAUGUCGUCACUUUGUGGUACCACUUCAAAGCAUCUUCCCUAACUGUGUGGACACUGGAAAGGUUCAAAUAGGAACAUUACAAGAAUAUGUAGCGUCUGAAGUUAUAAUUCAUUCAUUUUCUAUGCAGCUUGUCCUCACUCGGGUAUGGUGGAGCCAAUCCCCUCUGACUUUGAAGUUAAAAUAUUAGGAAGACAUAAUAUUGUAAGGGAAAGUCAUAAUGUUACAAGAAUAAAGUUGAAAUGAGGGAAAAAAUGUAAUAUCGUUCGCAAAAAAGUUUGAAUAUUACCAAAGAAACUAAAACUAAAAUCUUCAUAUUAUAGCAAAAUGCAGGGUAUUAUAAAGAUGUAGAUGUAAGAUGUAAUGGUAGAAAAAUAACGCUGUAAUGUGACAGAAGAGAAAAUUCAUAAUAUUAUGAAAAUAGAGUAGUAAUAUUAUGAGGAAAAAUUAGGGAAAAAAAUAAUGUUAUAGGCAAAAUAUUAAGGCAUAAAAUUAUACAUAAUGUUAUCAAAAAAAUAAGAAAAUUUAGUCAUAAUAUUGCAGGACUUAUUGCACAAGUUGUGAUGUAACAAAAAAUGAUUUUAUAAUAAUUAGAUUAUCAGAACUCAAGUUAGAUAGUGGUGGUCGAGUGGUUAGAGCACAAGUUCGAUUCCACCCAUCUCUGUGGAGUUUGCAUGUUCUACCCGUGCAUGCGUGGGUUUUCUCCGGGUACUCCGGUUUCCUCCCACAUUCCAAAAACAUGCUAGGUUAAUUGGCCACUCCAAAUUGUCCAUAGGUAUGAAUGUGAGUGUGAAUGGUUGUUUGUCUAUAUGUGCCCUGUGAUUGGCUGGCGACCAGUCCAGGGUGUACCCCGCCUCUCGCCCGAAGACUACUGAAGACAACACCCACUGCGACCAUGACAGAAAAUGAAUGAAUGAAGUUAGGUAGUAAGUUAGAAAAUAAGCUAGAAUAUUUUUACAUAAUAUUUUAGGGAAAAAGUCAUAUUGUCAAAUAUAAUGACAACAAAGAUACCAAAAUAAUGUUUUCAUGUCACAAAAAAAUUAUUGUAAUAUUUAGAAAAUAAUAUGCUCUGUGAAUAAAGGUGUAAAUGUUACAAUAAAUUAUGAGUGGAAAAACAUAAUUCCUAAGAAAAAAAAUGUAUAGCAUGACAAAUAUGCAAUUACAGGUGCACACAUCUCUUCCUACAGUGCUUGAGCAUGACAUGCAGUACUGAUACAGGUCAAAGAAUCCAAACUUUAGGGUGCAACCAUGCUUAAGCAAAGUACAGGUUGCCUCAGAAUGACUAUGUAUCUGUUGUUUCUCUAACUAGUGGGGGAGACUUUCAUCAACCCACAAAAAAUGUCAUACAUGGGUAUAAAGGCCAUGCAUAAAGCCUGAUGGGAGCAUCCCUAUUAAAGACUACAUCGGACUCUGAUGAAAAGUCUUCCCGUUCACUCAUUCACUUCUUUUAGUUUGCAUGUACAAAGAGAGUCCUCCACUUUACAGUUUCCCUGUCUUUUAAUGUGAAGAAAACCCUCUGAAUGUCAAUACUAUUGCACCAUGACAUGAACGUCCAACACACUUACUCAACAAUCACUUUCAUAUACAGACUGUAAACUGUCUUCUCUCUAGGUAGCGUACAAUGUGCUUAUAUUCCAUCCAACAGCUUUCAUGCAAAUACUCACAAUGGCAUCAUCACACUAUGAAUUCACUGCAUCUUAUUUCUUAGCUCUGCUCUGUCUUGGCAGUGAUGAAUAAACGAAUUACAAAAAAAGGAGGUUG